AUGGCUCGGUCAGCUGCUAUUUAUGCCCCAGGAGAUUGCUUGGAAAGCACGACAAAGGAAGGAGGCAUGGUGGACACAGAGUCCAUGGUGGCGGUUGUUGAGUCCCGAGCGGACGGGAGGAAGGAGACAGCUAGAGGUGGGAGACGACCAACAAGCGGGUCCCACCGGUCAGUCAAUGAUAUUUCACUGGCUGAUUACCUUGCCGUCAACCCCACAAAGCAUGCCAUUUAUCUUCCCCACACUGCUGGAAGGUAUUCGGUUAAGAGGUUCCGCAAGGCUCAGUGCCCAAUUGUUGAGAGGCUGACAAACUCUCUGAUGAUGCACGAUCGCAACAAUGGCAAGAAGGUCAUGGCUGUUCGCAUUGUGAAGCAUGCUAUGGAGAUUAUUCACCUGCUAACUGAUGCAAACCCUAUCCAAAUUAUUGUUGAUGCCAUCAUAAACAGUGGUCCAAGGGAAGAUGCAACUCGAAUUGGAUCUGCUGGUGUUGUUAGAAGGCAGGCAGUUGAUAUAUCUCCUUUGAGGCGUGUGAACCAGGCAAUCUACCUUCUUACAACCGGUGCUAGGGAAAGUGCUUUCAGGAACAUCAAGACCAUUGCAGAGUGCCUUGCCGAUGAGCUUAUCAAUGCAGCUAAAGGUUCUUCUAACAGGUCCUCCCUGUCCCAGAAAAUCUGA